AUGACACUGUCUCUAUUCGUCUCCGAUGAGGCUAGCGAAGACGACGAUGAGAUGGAUCUAGACGAUGAAUUUUUCAGCCAAAGUCAGACCAGAUACGAGCGCGAGAAGGCCCGCCUAGAGUCUCGCUUGAAAAAUCUGGAAGACCGCAGCUUCCGCUGCAGCAGCCCAUUGAAGACACUGCUGCGUUUGUCUCGCGUCGAUGAGAAUGAUCUCCCUCAACCGGCACCUGCUCCCGUACCCGAGACAUCACCGGUUACCGAAAAAGCUUCAGGGACCAAGGAGCCUGAGAAGAUGGAUCAUGAUAUGCAGUCUCCCACCUCCUCUAUGAACGGGCCGGUAGCGGGACCGCCAAAGAACAAGGAGGAGGAGAAGGUGUCCCCAGUAUCUGUGCAACCUGAAUCGAAAGUCGAGCCCCCGAAGCUCCCUACUCCGAAAGCGGAGGAGUCAGAAGACGUCGAAAUGGGCGAAGCCGACGGUGUUGAAGAAGGCGAUGGCGGAGUUGAGAGUGCUUCUAGUGAGGAUGAGUCUAUCACUGAAGCCGACCUUCAUUCAUUACCUUACCUCAACCGAGGUCCACCGACACCCCUUUCUGAUCCCGACCAGGAGAGCACAGCGCUUAGGACAAAUAUCAUGGCUGCUAUCAAGGACAAGCUCUUCAAUAGCAUCCGUGCUGAGCAAGAAUUCCAGGAUACGGCUCUGCAAGUGUUCCGCAUGCAGUAUCAUCAUUGGGGUCUCGAGUCAGCUCACCGGGAAAAAGACGCUGCCAUGCGCGAAGAAAAGGAGAAAACCGAAGAGCAAGAAGCAGCGGUAUCUCCAAGUGAAACCAGCACUCAAGGGCCCGCUCAUAGGCAACGUCAUGUUACGGAUUAUGAUCUUGAGAACAUACUUGCUGAGUCCAGAAGGAUGGAGGAGGAGAGAAUAGAAAAGCAGAGGCGGGAGGAGGAAGCAAGCAAAAAUCCUUUCUCGAACGGACAGGCACCGAUUCCAGACAUGCUGCCGGACGACGAACUCGAGAGACGAAAAUUCGUCAACACCAACCGCCUCCGGGAACCCAGCAAGGGAAUACUUACUUUCGGUUUCGAACCUCCUGAGGAUAACUUCUCGCCGGAGGAGCACAAGGCUUUGGUCACUGCUUACCUACAGACGCCAAAGGAUUGGGGUGAAAUCGCCAAAGCUCUCCCUGACCGCAACUUCAGAGAAUGUAUCAACCACUACUACGCCACGAAGUGGAAUGGAGAGUACAAGCCCCCGACCGGUCGCCGCAAAGCCAAGCGAAGAGCCGGAAUUCCCAAGGGGAGGAAGACCGCAAUCCCGUUUGCCAGCACUGAUCAGGUCGAUGGCGAGGAUGGCGCUGUUGCUACAACGACGGAACGUGGUCGGCCCCGGCGCGCUGCAGCGCCCACAUUCGGUGAUAAGGAGGCCCAAGACGAUCACGCUACCCCGGCCCCGACUCCUGGUCGCCAAAGAGGCGCAUCUACCAGAGGAGAGACCGUCGAGCCGAGUACCGAGAAGCCUGCCAAACGCCAGCGUGUCGCAAAAGAAAAGGCCACAAAAAGGGGACGUGCGGCACAGCAACUUGCCCCUGCCCCGGCAGGAUCUCCUCAUAAGACGGACAAGGACCUGUACCCAGGCGACGCGGCUAUUGACCCGAACAGAGUUCCCCGAACAGAGGAAGAAGCAGCGCUGCUGGCCCGUCUGCCAUCUGUCCAACCUGAGAUUGGCGGUCAAUUCGGUGAAGCUGCAUUCCAGGUGCCUCAGUCAGCCCCGGUCGCUGAAAGACCCAAAGGUCGUGGCGCCGGUUCCCGUGCUGGCGGCAUGUCAAGCUACUGGUCUGUGAACGAAUCCACUGAUUUCCGCAACUAUCUAGGAUAUUUCGGUACAGAUUUCCACGCGAUCGCGAAGCAGAUGGGGACUAAGACUGCGGCGAUGGUCAAAAAUGAGUAUUUCCGGAAGACCGACUCUGGUAAUCAUCCUGAGCUUGUCGAGAUUGCACAGGCUGCAGAUGAUCGACGGAAUCGUGGUGAGGAUAUUGGCCCCCCACCGCCGCCAACAGCCUCCACCAAGCGCCGUUAUGACACUACUCAACCGACCAUCCCCCGUACUUUAGCCCCCACCCCUGCUGAGAUCGUAGACAUCAAACAGUCUCCUCCAGCUACUGACCUGCCUGCUCGAACAGCUUCUCCACACGUUCAAGCAGGGUCUCGGUUCCCACCGCUCGCCCAAGCCAGUCCUGCGUUGUCCGCAUCUACGCCUCCCACCUCCAUCAUUGCGUCGACAAGCGUGCCCGCACCAAGCAGCCAUGCUUCAGGCUACGGAAAGCCGCCGCAGCAUGAGAUGCCUGGUCCUCGCCGUGGCUUUUUCUCGCAGCGUGAGCCUUCUAGAGCUCCACUAGUACAAACCGACAUGCGGCAAGCGCCACCGGAAGCACCUAGAGAUGUCCACGCGGAGCACCACCACAGGCGGCAGUAUAGCCAAGGCUUGCCGGGAGCUCAGCAGCUACACGACCCUCGCUACGUGCGUAUGUCUGCCGAGCAACGCGAGCGUGAGGCUCAAGUAGCGCAGCAGCAAGAGAUCUACGCCUCGUCAGCUGCUGCGCAUCACCCGCUCUACAGAACCAGCGUCCCACCGCAACUACCGCAACAAAGGGGCUCCGAGCCGCCGGCACCCAGCCCUGCGGAAGCAAGGCCCGGACAAGUUCAGCAGGGUGCUUUCUCGCGUGCGGCACCGGCUCUUCGCCAUCUUACUGAGACACCUAGCCAACUGCCGAUCGCUCAACCUCCUGGACGGAUCUCGAGACAUGUCUCUCCAAAGAGAGAAGAAAGUCAGCAGCCUUAUGCUCCACCUCAGCCUCCUGUCCAAUCCACGCCGCGAGCCGCGCCGGCGGAGCCUCGGAAGACAUCGAACUUGGCAGAUCUGCUCAACCCUGCUCCUUCCGAGCCGUCCAAGCCCAAGGAGCAGAAACCACCAGUUGACGACCGAGCAAGUGUGCUUCCUCACGAGCGGCCGUAUUCGGCACAAGGAAGGCCCAUUCAUCAGACCACUGCUCCGCCGCCGCCGCCGCCUGUCACGAUGUCAAGCUCUUCACCUGCAUACCCUCGGAGAGAGAUUUUCACGGAGUCGCCGGCGCCCAACAGCCCAUUUGCCCGACAGGCCUAUCUCCAACCGUCACAACAGCCGCCAAUGCAAGCUCCGCCUCAGCGCCGUCCCAUGGAGGUGUCGGGUCGGGAACAGUCUCAGCCGCCUCCAUCGCGCGAUCCUUGGGCGAGGCCUACUUACUCACAACCUCCGCCCCCGGUAUCUCAGACAAGCUCGCCGCAUCCAGCCACUCUGCAGCAGCCGCAGGCCCCGCUGCCUAUCGACGGGCGUCAGCAGUAUACUAGCAACCACCGGGCUGCUCUUAGCCAGCUGAACACAUCGGCACAGCCGCGAAACGUCCAUUCUCCGACUCCAUCACACACGCCGCACCACUCGCGCACUCCUUCAUACACACACCCGCAACCGUCUCGCCAACAAGCGCCAACGCCUUUGCAGCCCAUCCCCGCUGUGCCUAGCCCAGCUCGUGAAAACCCAGGUCCUGUUCUUGCCGCAAAUCCGUAUGUGCAAAUGACGCCGCCGCAGUCAGUCCAGCAGCUAGUGCCUCAAUCACAGGCGCAACAGCAAGCCCAACGCAACGAGCAAGCUGCCAUUCAAAACCGCACGUUGUCUUAUGCCCAGCCACAAAGCCAAGCGUAUGAGAACAUGAUUGAGCGCGAGCGUGCCAUUCGUCUUGCUGAGCAGCGCGAUCGUGAGGAUCAAAUGAGGCGAGAGCAUGAAGCUCAAGCUCAAGCCCAAGCUGCACAGCACCACAGCCGAAGCACUUCGUAUGCGCAGUCGCACUACAUGCGCCAGCCAACCCCAAGCCAGGCUGACCACGCUGCUUCUCGCUUCUCUUCUGCUGGACCUGCUGUGCCCCCGCCGUCAGCUCGCAAUUCUGCACAUACGCCAACUGCGCACAUGGGUUACCCUCCGCCUCCUGCCCCGCCAGCACAUCACGGUCUACCCACAGCCCAAGAGCAUGCACAUGCACAUAGCUACGCCGGUCAAGUUCCUUCGGCCAGCCAACGCGGAAUUGAAGCCAUCCUGCGGCGUGAGCAGGAAACGGCGAUUCGCCGCCAGCAAGAAGCGGCCGCGGCGCAGCAUCAACAGGCUCAGGCUCAAGCGCACGCGCACGCGCAGGCUCACCGUGAGCAUCGGUAUCGCGAGGAAGUCGCCGCGGCGCAGCAACGUGAUGAACAGAUUCGGAGGCACGAAGAGGCUGUAGUCAGAGAGCGCAUUGAUCGCAAUCGUGUUGAGCGCGAUCGGAUGGACCGGGAGUACAUGGAAAGGGAUAGACAGAGGAGGGAGCGUGAAGAGUGGGAUCGGCAGCAGGGAAGGAACAUUUUUGGAGGUUCGAGAAACGAGAGGGGAGGGCUUUUUGGACCGAACAGAUAG